AUGGGAAAUCUUGUUUCGUGCAGUGCAAGAAAGGGGAGAAGAGGGGCAGCAAGAGUGAUCCUCCCCGGCGGGGAAAUCCGGCGGCUUCGAGAGCCGGUCACGGCGGCAGAAAUCAUGCUAGAACACCCAACCCACUUCUUGGUCAACGCCGGAUCUUUGACCGCCGGCCGGAGAUUCUCCCCUCUACCGGCGGACCAAGACUUAGAGCUCAGGAACCUCUACGCCGCGUUCCCAAUGAAGAGGUUGAGCUCCGUUAUCACUGCCGCCGACGUGGCGGUCCUCCUCGUGGCGGCGAAGUCGUCCCCCGCGAAACGGUUGUCCGCCAGGAACGCAGCCAAGGUGUCUCCGGCGGAGGGAGGUGAUGAGACGCCGGAAAAUGACGUGGGGCGGUCAGGAGUGACGUCAGGUGUGGUGGUGGAAGAGUAUCAGCAUAGGUUGUCAUUGUUCAAGUCAAAGAAGCCUUUGUUGGAAACAAUCAUUGAAGAACCGGUUCGUACACGUGGCAGAUUAUUAUGA